AGCAACUCGCGGUGUUUGGCUUAAAAAGGCGAUUUCACAGGCAAUCGUAAAGCAAGAAAAUCCGAUUUGCUCCGUUUUCUGUGUGUAAUUACGGACAUGUCGGACAUACAAACGUUGAUGGAUAUGGGAUUUGCGAAGGAGAAAGCUGAGCGUGCACUCGAAGUAACAAACAAUAAGGGUGUUGAGCAGGCCAUGGAAUGGCUACUUGCACACGCCGACGAACCAUUGCCGCCGAGCACCGGUUCUGCCCCCGCGACGUCCUCCGGCUCAGGAGACGGUAGUGCCCCCGGAACGGAAGCUCCGUCUGAAACCGCCACACCUGCCACGGAUGAUAGCGCACCGUCCAGCGGCGGAACCGUAGCGAAAUCGCUGAAAUGUGACGAAUGUGGCAAGCUGUUCAAAUCGCAGGAAGAGGUCGAAUUCCACGCCGCCAAGACACAGCACAGCAGCUUCUCAGAGUCGACGGAAGAGAAGAAACCGCUGACCGAGGAAGAGAAGAAGGCGCAACUGGCGCUGCUGGAAGAAAAGAUGAAACGCAAGCGCCAAGAACGAGAAGAGAACGAAAAGAAGGAGGCGUUGGAGCGGGAGCGAUUGCGGAUCAAGUCCGGCAAGGACAUGCUGGAGGCUCGCCGAAGGAUGGAAGAGCAAGAGAUGAAGAAGCUCAUGGAUCAGCGGAAACGCGAAAAGCUCGAAAUGAAACAGGCCCGUGAUCGCGUCCGUCUGCAGAUCGAGGCGGAUCGUGCGGCUCGUAAGGCGAAGGACGCUGGAGAGCCUAGUGCUGUAUCACCGACAUCCACUACAGCAAGCCCUCCGCCGGCCACUGCUUCGGCUACGGUUACGCCCACGGUGUCUGCGGCGAAACCUGCGGAAACGAAGAACUACUCAACGGCCAAGAUCGCCAUCCGCAUGAUGGACGGAAGUCAGCUGGUGCAAACGUUCCAAGCGGCCGAACAGCUGGCCGCGGUCCGGUUGUUCGUGCAGCUGAAGCUUGGCUCCAGUGACACGCCGUUCGGGUUGAUGACUAAUUUCCCCAAGAAAGUGUUCACCGACGAGGAGUACGAUAUGCCGCUACAAAAGUUGGGCCUCGUGCCCAACGCAGUACUGAUCGUGACUAAAGCUCCGUAGACGUAGUUAAAUUAUGCUUUGCAUUUAAAAAAUCCCAAAUCAUUUUGGUUGCGAUUCGGUUUUAUGUGAUUUAAAGCGAUAUAAAGAAACGAUCUGGAUGGUCGCCAACUGGUGAAAGUUUGCGUGUAAUGGCACAUUUAUUACCGAAACAUUCGAAUACACCACUCAACUCCUAAAACCACGUAGCCGUACGAUUCUCGAACAUUGCUGUCCCGUCGUUGAGCGUCUUUUUCGUUGCACCCGUCCAACCUGAGCAUUGAUUGAUUGGGAACAACUUACACACUCUCUUCCAGAACGAUACCGCAUUCGGAACCGAGUCUGGAUAGAAGAUCGGUUUGGCGGCGUUGCAAUUGCUGAUGACGGUGCCAACCGGCGAAGUGGUGGCCAACCGUUCGAAUCCCACUAUUCCGUCACAAUCGAUCAGUUCGAAUUCCUUGCUGAAGCAGAUACGAACUUCGUUCAGCA